AUGCCACUUCUAUACUAUUAUGAUUUAAUGUCACAGCCCUGUCGGGCUUUGUACAUUUUUCUUAAAAUAACUGGUAUUCCAUUUGAAGAAAAACAAAUUGCAUUACGAAAACUGGAACAUAUGACUGAUGAAUAUGCUCAAAUAAAUCCAUUUAAAAAAGUGCCAGUUAUUGAUGAUUCUGGUUUUAUUCUGACCGAAAGUGUGGCAAUUUUCAUGUAUCUCUGUGAUAAAUACAAAAUAAAUAAUUGGUUUCCAACAGAUUUAAAAGAACGAGCACGUGUUAACGAGUAUGCCAAUUGGCAACAUUUUAAUUUACGUGCUACAGGAUCCAUGCUUUUUCUUACGAAAAUCAUUACACCUCGCAUGACAAAUAAGCCACCAGAUGAACGCGAAUUAGAAAAAUGUCAUCACCGAUGGCAAGUAUCAAUAAAUGGUCUUGAAUCUGUUUGGUUGGCUCGAUCAUCUUAUUUAGGUGGUGAUCAUUUAACCUUUGCUGAUUUACUUGGUAUUUGUGAACUGAUGCAACCGAUUGCUGCAGGCUACGAGCUUGAUGAAGAAAAAUUCCCUCGUGUUCGCGAUUGGAUGGAAAGAGUUAAAAGAGAAACACAACCAUUUUUUAAUCAAGCGCACGCUGUGCCUAUGCGUCUGAGAGAUACAUUAUUGAAACAUGACAAACCUAAACUUUAA